GCCGGGCGCGGUGGCGCACGCCUGUAGUCCCAGCUACUCGGGAGGCUGAGCCCGCCGGAUCGCUUGAGCCCAGGAGUUCUGGGCUGCAGUGCGCUAUGCCGAGCGGGCGUCCGCGCUAAGGCCGGCAUCAAUAUGGUGAGCCCCGGGGAGCCGAGGCACACCAGGUUGCCUAAGGAGGGGUGAACCGGCCCAGGUCGGAAACGGAGCAGGUCAAAACUCCCGUGCCGGUCAGUAGCGGGAUCGCGCCUGUGAAUAGCCACUGCAGCGUAGCCUGGGCAACACAGAGAGACGCGGGUUCCUUUUGCCCACCCGUCACGCGCCUUUUGCCCAACCGCGCCCCGCGACCCCUCAAUACUGCCCCGUGCGCGCAGCGCCUCCUACUGGCAGCACCGCGCCACUGCUGGCUCCGCAGCGCCUCCUGCUGGCCCAGAGUGAGUCGUACAGCUGCGUAACCUCCGUCUUCACUCUUCACCACACCGCCCUCCGGGCUGAACACCCCCAGCUCUCAGCCUGUCCCCGCGCCACAGGUGCGGGUCACUGUCCAUGGAGGUGCUCAAGAACCGCGGGGAUGUGGCACUGAGGGACGCAGUGGGGUGAGGUCGGGAUCUCGGAGGGCCUUUUUACCCGGAUUAGGAUAGGAUAGGAUUCUAUGCUUCUACGGUUCUGUGGCUCCGUGAUUCCCGCUCCGCCCAGCCGCCAGGUGGCGUUCGCUCCCGGCGCCGCAGCUCUUGCCGCUCCUCCCCUCGCCUUCCCUUCCCGCCUUUCCGGAAGGGCGGGAAGGGCGGGAAAGGAAGGCGAAGGGAGGGGAGGAGCGGUCGGCGAUGCGGCUGCAGUGCGAUGUGGAGGUGGUGAGCCGGCUGCUGCCCACCUGCGGGCUGCGGGGGCGCGGCCGCGGCACCAGAGCGCUGCUCUCCCUCGGCCGCCAGCCCGGCCGGGCGCGGGGCGGUGUGUGCCUGAUGGUGUGCACGGCGCGGGACCGGGCCGGAGUUCGCUACCAGGUGCAGGACAACGUGGAGCGGUUCUUCACCCGCUUCGUGGAGGAGGGCAAAGCCACCGUGCGCCUGAAGGAGCCCGCCGUGGACGUGUGCCUCAGUAAGGCAAAUGCCAGCAAUCUAAAGACUUUCCUUUCAGCUGUGAGACUGGCUCACCAAGGGUCCGACGUCGCCGCUCUCCCACUCUCAGCUUUGGUACCAGCAAAGACCUCAGAAGUUGAGAAGCCUAAAACAAAAAUGAUCAUCACUUCCAAAAGGGACUAUCCGCUCACCAAGGGCUUCCCCUAUUCCCUCGAACACCUCCAAGCCUCAUACUGCAGGCUGGCUCGGAUCGACACGCGUGUGCUGUGCCUGAAGAAGCUGCGAAAAUUAGACCUAAGUCACAAUCACAUAAAGCAGCUGCCAGCCACCAUCGGUGACCUCCUCUUCCUUCAGGAGCUAAACCUGCACGACAAUCACCUGGAGUCCUUCAGCAGUGCUCUGUGCAGCUCUACCCUUCAGAAGUCUCUCCAGUGCUUGGACCUCAGCCAGAACAAAAUUAAAGCGCUUCCGAUUCAGUUCUGCCAACUGCGAGAACUUGUUAAUUUAAAGCUCGACGACAACGAGUUGAUUAGGUUGCCAUUCAAGAUUGGCCAGUUGGAUCAUCUGCGCUUUCUGUCAGCAGCUCGAAACAAACUGCCUUUCCUGCCCAGCGAUUUUAGGAAACUCUGCCUUGAGAACUUGGAUCUGUUUGGAAAUCCUUUUGAACAGCCUAAUCCCCUUCUUCCCAACAUACAAUUGAAAAUACCAUUGACUUUAUUAGAAUGUGCUGCAAGAGCUACUGUAAAUUACAGAAUCCCAUACGGCCAUCAGCUGCUGCCUUCCCACCUUUGUGAAGACCUGGAAGUGGCCAAGACCUGCCAGUGCGGGAGCGCCUGCCUGAGCAGCUUCAUUCAGAUCACGGUGACCAUGAACCUGCACCACGUGGCCCACACCGUGGUCCUGGUGGACAACAUGGGCGGCACGGAGGCGCCCAUCAUCUGCUACUUCUGUUCUCUGGGCUGCUAUUCCCAGUUCCUGGACAGGUACCUGCAGAGCAGCGCUGACCACUGACGGCCCGUCCUCAUCCGCAGCGGCUGCACGAGGCUCCUCUGCGUUACAGCACGGAGGGGACACAGCGCCCAACCCGGGGCUGCUGCUGCGCUGCUGGAGCCGCUGCCGGGAGGCAGAAACGCUGAUGGGCCGGGGAUGGCCUCGGGCUGCGUGCUCCUCUUGGUGGCAGCUGCCGCUUCCAGGAGGGACCUUCGUUGGUUGUUUUUUUUUUUUUUUUUUUUACUGAAAUAUUUGUAUCUCUUUGUAAUAGAAACACCUUUUCUAAACACGCGAGCUGUGCUUUGUUUCCUUCAGGUUGAAUCCCGGCGCUGGGAGGGGUCCGGGUGUGCAGCGGUGGGGUCAGGCCGAGCCCGGGGCUCCGCGCUGACGCGUAAAGCUGCCUCGCUUCCUCACGCCGGUGUUUUAAACGUUCCUGUACCGUUCUGUGUUAUUAAAUGCUGAAACUGC